AUGAUUGCACUUUGGGAAGUUGAUUUCGGUAGAAUAUUCUUCUCUUUAGCACGUGGUGGAAUGGCAACUAAGGCUUUCACAAAGUUUCUACCUCUCUUUGAUCGCGUUCUUGUUCAACGCUUUGAAGCAGCUACAAAAUCCAAGGGAGGUAUCAUAAUUCCAGACAAAGCCAAAGAAAAGGUGUUGAAGGCCACAGUCGUAGCUGCUGGACCAGGCCGUGUUGGUGAGGAUGGUAAAUGCAUUCCAAUCUGCGUUAAAGUUGGUGACAAUGUUUUACUUCCUGAAUAUGGUGGCACUAAAGUUGUUUAUGAUGAUCAGGAUUAUUUCAUUUUCCGCGAAUCUGAUAUUCUUGGCAAAAUUACGGAGUAA